CUGGCUUGCAAUUUUCUCUACCUGUCAUCUGGACUGUUUUUGUUCACACGCUGGCACAAGUUCAAACAGAAAAAGUUGAUGCAAUAUAAUUACACGAGCGACAUGACGCAACUGGUGGAAAUUGAAUAUAAGCAUGCCAUGUGAAGCGUUUUUCAAUUUCCUACGACUUCUGAAAUCACGUGGCGUAGCAAGUACCAAUCGGUGUGGUGUGAGGAAUGGUGUGGCAACGGUAAGGAGGUCAUUUGCCGUGUGUUCCAUUUACUGAGAAUAUUCUAGAACACACAAAAAAGUACACGAAAUACCAUCUUGUGUAUCGUCGUGGGCCCAAGACAUAUGCCGGUACUGAUACCCCCUACAUUGUCGGCCCACCGCAACAUUUUUCUACAGUCCACGAAGUUGGAGUCUUGGUCGUCUGCAAACGCAUGAUGCGAGCAUUUGGAUAAGGAUACCGGGUGUCGUUGACUGGAUCAAAGAGCGAGCGACAUUUUCUUUUUUUUUAAUUUUUAACGGCGAGUCUGCCGCAGUGGAACUGGUUUCAUUGCUUGCGGCCAGCACAUCACAGGCUGUUGAGGGGACUGCACAGUUGGUGAUAAUCUUACUUGGCCACGAUGACGCAAGACAACAGCCUACCGCCAUCCGAAGCGAAGCAUGCCUUGCGGUGCAGGGGAAGCAACCUGCAAAGAUGCCAUGGCUGAGCAGGUUGCUGCAGAGACUCUUCUUUCCUUUAGCAACAGUGGACAAGAUCGCAUGCUCCAGAACAACAUGGUGGAUUUUUCUGGGCACAAUGGCUGCCCUACCCCACCUCACUCAGAGGAUGGCAGCUCAAACCCUUAUGCUGCAACAGAGUUCAUCCAAGAUGCUUCAAUUUGUUGUGUUGCUGCAAAGAAAGAAUCUAGACUGGCACAGUUAUUGAGGGAGGCACCUAUUGACCUUUCACCUAGAAAAGAACGACCCAUUCCUGUGUCAGUAAUAGUGCCCAACAAUCUAAGCAGAAUUCCUGAUAGCUGCAAACCCUUGCGAAAACGCUGCUUUUCUGAUAUUAGCUUUGAAGGGAGUUUUGACCAAGCCAGAGCUGCUGAGAAGCCUGCAAAAGAUCUGCUGCAGGACUUUGUGAAAGACAACAGUUGUUCCAUGGUUUUAUCUGAACUGGGGCGUGUCAGUGCCCAACAAAAACAAGUGGAACGAACUAGGCUGGAUGAAAUUCGUCAGAGGCUGCAGUCUCCAGUGCUGUCUUCAAACAUUCAAUCACAAACAUCUGUUUCUGUCUUAGAUUUGGGUCACCCACAGCAACUUUCAAAGACUACAGCAUUACCAGUGACACUACCUUUGACCCCCGUGUCUCCUCCAGCCACUGCAAAGUCACUGAACAUCCUUUCUAGCAUUCCUAUGCUUCCACUUCCAAACACAGACUGCACCAUCACCCUGCAACAUGUUUCCCACCCUUUGGACAGACCUAUUGCUAUCCCACUCACUCAGACCCCAAUUGUACAGGUUAUUGUGGUAAAUGGCUUAAAUGCAUCAACACCCCAGUGUGUCAAGCCACAGUGUUCAGUUUCUGUGGGUAAGAACAAGUCUGAACAGUACUGCCCUAUAGCCCCUGCCCCAGCCACAGUGAAGUCCCCUUGCGGGGUGCAGAUGGAUGAAGAUGGCACAACAUGUGAUGGCAAACGCCGCCGAACCCACGUCUGCAGCUACAAGUCAUGUCAGAAGACGUAUUUCAAGAGCUCCCAUUUGAAAGCACACAUCAGAACUCAUACUGGAGAAAAACCAUUUGUCUGUGAGUGGGCAAAGUGUGGGCGGAGAUUUGCACGAUCUGAUGAACGUUCACGUCAUAUGAGAACUCAUACGGGUGAAAAGAAAUUUCCUUGCCCUUCCUGUGAUCGAAAGUUCAUGCGCAGUGACCAUCUUGCCAAGCACAUGCGACGCCAUGCUGCCAACAAGAAGAACUGAUAGGAAGUGAACUUGACAUACAGUGGUCACUGAGUGAAAAGUAGCCUGUUCAUGUCUAGCAGAAGUUUACUGUAAUUUCUGGAUGAAGAAAGUGUUUAGGGCUGCUUGAAUUGUAUAUGUGAUAUUUAAAAAAACAAAUCAUUUGUUGCUGAGUGCUUUUCUUGUCAUAGGCUUCUAAGGUUAGCAACUUGCAUUUAUUGCCAACAUAUUAGGGAGAAUAGCCAUCUGUUAACAUUUCUGUUUGAGUAAAUGUAAUAUUUGUGGUUCACUCAAAAAUGCAUAGCCAAGCAAACUGCUUGACAUCUAAGCAAGAUUUAUCCGAGGAGAUAAAAUCGCUGGGAGGAGUUGUGUGAAUCUUUUUCGGCUAAUAUGCCCUGCAGUUGUUCACUUACAUUUUGUUUUUUAUAUACUUUUCACAAGUUGGCUUUAUGAGAAAAGUAAAGCAAAAGUUAAAAAGUAAUAUUUAUAUAUUCUAUAUGAAUUUUCAAAGGAAAGUGUUGGUCUUUUUUUUAAAGGCAAAAUAAAUUUUAAAGAAAUAUGCAUGUGGUUAAAUACCUUACUUGCUGUUUCUUAUUCAAGUAAUUUAAUGCCUUGUUGAUGCGGCGGAAAAAAAGAGUUUUCAAGUUUAUGAAUAGAUGCACAUUUCCACCAUGACAAUUAUUGUUAUUUUUAACUUAUUACUAAAUUAUUGGUGCCAUUGAAUGUGGUCACAAUUGCUGCACCCUUGUGUUAAAUGUCAAGUUGGCUUUGAAAUGAAGAAUUGAGAGUGUGUUCCAUGCAUAAAAGUGUAUGCUUGAUCCUCCAUUGUUAAAAAAAAACCAACCCAUUAACCUCUGAGUCAACAGAUACUGGUUUAUUUUAUUUAUUUGUUAGAAUCAAAUAGUUUCAGUCACUUUAUGUUGUAAAAUUGUAGCCAUGAGAUUUUUAAUUUUGUAUGUUAAUGCUAAACCCAAAUGUCUUUCAGCAUGUGUGGUUUCACAAGUGAUUUUCUUUCUUUGCAACCCUGCUUGCUAAGUGUAUGUUUUUAUUUAUGAUCCCAUUUUAUUUAUGAAAUUUGUAUCUCGGACAGUUCUUGAGUUUGCUGAAUGUGAAUGCCACUGACCAAAUAACAGAUCACUUAAAAUCAAAAUGGAAAAUUAAAAAAAUUUAAAUCAAUAUUUUGACUGUUGCAGCAUAUGUUGGCUAGAUUUUUUUUUAAAGUAAUGCAAUCUAAGCUGUAUUAUCUUGUUACAUGUUUUCAAAGCUCCAUCCCCACCUUUUUUAAAAUCAGUGUUUUGAUAGAGAAGGUUGUUUAUUGUUCUGUUUAAAUAUCCUGUAUACGAGUAAGCUUGGUGGCAUUUAGAUAACAUGUAAUAGUAAGCACAUCUGUUUAGUUCUAAAAGGAAUUUGUAAUUAUAGUUCAAUGCUUACAAUUUAUAUUAGAGAUCUUUUAUUGGGAUUGGGCAGUUAGAGUAGGAGAAAUGUAAGGAGAGAGUGUUUACCAAUCAAGUUGUUACGUGCAAACUCAUUUCUCUUUUCAAAAUUUUUUUUAAACUUGAGAUAAUGUUUAACAUCGUAAUGGCUAACAUUUGUUUUCUUUCUUUUCCUUUUUUUUUUUGUUUGUUUGUUUUAAUUUGACUACCCCAUUCAAGAUUGAGUAGCAUCACACUUUGAUCCACCUCAUAGUUUAAGAUUUGGAUGUUAAUGGCAGUUUAAAAGACAAUUUGUGUGCAUAAUUACAUAUCUGUGCAAACGAUGCCUUAUAAAAAGAGAAGGUUCACAUGUGCUGUUUGAUUAUUUUUUUCUUUUCUUUUCUUUAUUAGGCUAAAUUCUGCAAGUGGCAAGAUGCUCAUAUGGUCUCAUUCCAUAUUUAGUAACCAGCAUCACGUGGCAUUCCUUGCUUCCUUUUAUGAUUAAAAAAAGAUGCAUUCAUGAUGAUGCAUGAAUUGCUAA